GCGAGGUAACUCUUGAGCUAAAUGAUGACGUCUGCUACGCUUCAAACAGCCGGAGUCACGGAACAUGCGGAUCUGUAGCUUUGUUUUUGUCUUCUUUGCACUCUUUCAGGGAAAACAUGCUACCAUAUAUGACAAAAUAGAUAUCGGUUACUAUAGGGAAAAGGUGAAACAGAUGUUCUAUCAUGCUUACAACGGUUACAUUGAACAUGCAUAUCCUUAUGAUGAGUUACGACCACUGACAUGUGAUGGCCAUGAUACAUGGGGAAGCUACUCAUUGACACUGAUUGAUGCAUUGGACACUCUUGCAGUGAUGGGCAACAACACUGAGUUUCGCCGAGUGUCUUAUCUGCUGAUUGAAAAAGCAGAAAGCUUUUUUGAUAUGGACAUCAAUGUCUCUGUCUUUGAGACUAAUAUCAGAGUAGUAGGAGGACUACUCUCAGCGCAUUUGAUGAUGAAAAGGGCAGGAAUGCUUCUUGAGCCAGGGUGGCCAUGUUCUGGGCCUCUUCUACGCAUGGCUGAAAACAUUGCUCGCAAGCUUCUUCCAGCCUUCGAUACUCCCACUGGCAUGCCGUAUGGGACUGUUAAUCUUCGCCAUGGUGUUCCUAAAGGUGAGACAACAGUCACAUGCACUGCUGGAGUUGGGACAUUCAUUGUGGAGUUUGGAACUCUAAGCAGACUGACUGGGGAUCCAAUCUUUGAAAAAGUUGCCAUGAAAGCCAUAAAGGCUCUCUGGAAUCAUCGUUCUCCCUUGAACCUGCUUGGUAAUCAUGUGGAUGUAAGUACUGGAAAGUGGACAGCACUUGAUUCUGGAAUUGGAGGUGGUGUAGAUUCCUACUUUGAAUAUCUUGUAAAAGGUGCCAUUAUGUUUGAUAAUUCAGAGCUUCUUGAGAUGUUCAGAGUAUAUGAGCAGAGCAUAGUGCAGCAUCUGAAGAGAGAUGACUGGUACAUGUGGGCUAACAUGAAGAAAGGUGGCAUAACUCUGCCUCUCUUCACUUCUUUGGAUGCAUACUGGCCAGGCAUUCAGAGCAUGCUUGGCGAUUUGGAUAGUGCCAUGAAGACCAUACACAACUUCCACCAGGUAUGGCAGCAGUUUGGUGCUACCCCAGAGUUUUACAACAUUCCAAAAGCUGAAGUACAUCAGGGAAGAGAAAGUUAUCCCUUGCGUCCAGAACUGAUAGAAAGUACAGUUUAUCUGUACCGUGCAACACGUGACCCCUUUCUUCUGAAAAUGGGAGUUGACAUGGUAGAGUCCAUUGAACAUGUUGCUCGCACCAAAUGUGGUUAUGCUACGGUAAAAGAUGUGCGAGACCAUCGCCUCGAAAAUCGCAUGGAAUCUUUCUUCUUGGCAGAGACAACAAAGUAUUUAUAUCUUUUAUUUGAUCAGGACAACUUCCUACACAACAGUGGUGGACAUGCCACUUUGGUGCACACACCUAAUGGAGACUGUGUGCUGGAUGCAGGAGGCUACAUUUUCAACACAGAAGCUCAUCCUAUUGAUCUGGCAGCAGUCCAUUGCUGCAGUGCACAAAAGAAGGAGGAAGAGAAAGUUUUGCAGGAGUUCCAUGACAGCCUGAAUAUUUUGGAACUUCUAGAUAUCGUCAACACCAUGGAUGUCAAAAAGAUUGGCAAAAAGCUCAAGAAAAGAAAGAGAAAACUGAAUGAUGUUCCCCAGUAUGUGAUGCCCCCAGAGCCUUUCAAAGAAGAAAUGCUGCAGAAUGUUACUCAUGUCUUAGUAGAGAACAUGACAGUAUCCCAUCACAUAAAUACAUCCUUGUCUGAGGGAGAGCAAUUAGUGACAAGAGAUGUCCCUUCAGAUGCUGAACUGAGACCAGAAGGCAUUUUAUCAGAGCCAGUCUCUGACAAAGUGAAAUCUGAACAUGACACAGCCUAUGGAAACUUGCAAACACAUGAGGUAUUACCUACAGAAUCUACACUGAAGACUGAUAUGCAGCCUCCAGUGGUUGAAUCAAGCCAGCCUAGCACAGAUUUGACACAUGGUAUCAAAGUGAACAGCCAGGAGGUAAUAACAAAAACAGGGCGCAAAAAACAAACUUUUGAGCUUGCUCAGCAACUCCUGGACCUGUUAUCUACAGUGACCAACAAGGGGUCAGAAGCAGAAAUAAAAAGACCAAAUGUGGCAGAUUUGUAUGAAACUAUGGCAAAUUAUUCCUUGGUGUACAUGCAUAAACCAAACCUCAUGCGCUGCCCAGCUCAGCCCUUUCAUGCCAGACUUUCUGUGUGGGGUGAAUUUUUUGAAGAUAAUACACCAGUGUAGAAAAGUUUCAGUGAAUAAAAAAAAGAAACCCAUUUUACAUUGUGCCUUCCGCUAUUUUGAUCAAUGUUCCAUAGAUUUUCAUAAAACAUCUCUGUAAACAGGGUCAUGAAAAUGUGAAAAGAAAUCCACAAAUAAUAUUCAGCAAUGAUUAUGCAAAUUUUCGAAUUGAUCUACAACAAAGAACUUAUCUUCCUGGAGAGAGUUGUGACAUUUGCUGGCGAUACAGAAAAAUAUGUAAACAACCAAACAAAUCAUUUUUUUCUUUGCCAUAGUGAAACAAUAUGUGAAAUCAUGAAUAAAUAAUUGAGACUGUCAAAA